AUGAAGCGCUGUGUGUGGUCUAUCAGCUUGUUGAGUCUUUGUCUAUUAUUAUCUGCACAGCAGAGCAAGCCAAGGAGUCGUGCCAGACGCUUUCUUAUCUUUCCGCGACAAGCACCGACGCGACAUCAGUUUAUUGCUGGCAUAGGUAUACCUGCGGAUUUAACCUACGAAUCUCUUACUGUUGGUCAUGUGCUAAAAGCCGAGUUCUUUUUGCCCUACAAUGCCAGUGUAUACCGUCAAAAUCCCUAUCUACCAGAAUAUUUGCCGUCCAAAGUGUCCUUAAACGAUGGCACAAUUCGUCAAUUGCAAACAAUUGCCACAGAUCUACGUUGGCAGAUUUACGCUUAUCUUCAGCAUAUGUUGAAUGGAUAUGGUUACAAUGGGCACGAGUGCAUGCUUCAAGCUAUUUGCGAAGCAAACUCAAUUCGAUUUUCCAAAAACUUUAGCGUGGUACAAGAGUUGCUGCACAUAAUGCUAAGUCCAUCUUCAACGCUGAACAAGGACUCUCCGGAAGCUUACGAAUUUCUACUGGCAGAGAAGACUGCAAGGAAGAACGAUGAUUGUGAAAUUUACGAUUGCAACAUGAAACUUUUGGAUUGGAUUUCAAAAGUAAUACGGUUGAAUGAAUAACUUUAUUAACAAAAAUAUAAAUGAAGAUUAGAGAAUUAGGGAUUACAUAUAUUAUUUAUUUGGGCUUCAGUUUGACUACAGAAAAAUAUUUUAUAAA